UUAUUUUCACUAUCUUCCAAGAGUCAAGCGCUCCAGUUCCAUUUUCUUUCUUUCCUUCUUUCUUUCCACCUGCAUUUUCAAAAAUUCCUAAAUGAAACCCUCACAGUCACAGUCCUCCUCCACCAAGCCCUCCAUCACGGUCCUCCCCUACCAGACGCCGCGCUUACGGGACCAUUACCUCCUCGGGAAGAAGCUCGGCCAGGGCCAAUUCGGGACGACGUAUUUAUGUAUCCACAAACAAACCAACCAACAGUACGCCUGCAAAUCCAUUCCCAAACGGAAGCUCAUUUGCCGCGAGGAUUACGACGAUGUGUGGCGGGAAAUUCAGAUCAUGCACCACUUGUCCGAGCACCCCAACGUCGUGCGGAUUAAGGGGACCUAUGAGGAUCCUGUGUUUGUGCACUUGGUGAUGGAGCUCUGCGCCGGCGGUGAGCUGUUUGAUCGUAUUGUGGCCAAGGGGCAUUACAGUGAGAGGGAAGCCGCUAAGUUGAUUAAGACGAUUGUCAGUGUUGUGCAGGGGUGUCAUUCGCUUGGGGUUAUGCAUAGAGAUCUUAAACCUGAGAAUUUCUUGUUUGAUACUCCGGGUGAUGAUGCGAAGCUUAAAGCUACGGACUUUGGAUUGUCUGUUUUUUAUAAGCCAGGACAAUAUUUAUCUGAUGUGGUUGGAAGCCCCUAUUAUGUGGCACCUGAGGUUUUGCUUAAGCAUUAUGGUCCUGAAAUAGAUGUGUGGAGUGCCGGUGUUAUCCUUUACAUCUUAUUAAGUGGAGUUCCACCUUUUUGGGCAGAAACUGAAUCAGGAAUCUUCAAACAGAUUUUGCAAGGCAAACUAGAUUUUCAAUCUGAUCCAUGGCCCAACAUUUCAGACAGUGCCAAAGAUUUGACUAAAAAGAUGCUUGAGAGGGAUCCAAAGAAACGAAUUACUGCUCAUGAAGUUCUAUGUCACCCAUGGAUUGUGGAUGACACACUUGCUCCUGAUAAACCAUUGGAUUCUGCUGUUUUGUCACGCUUGAAGCACUUCUCAGCAAUGAACAAACUGAAAAAGAUGGCUCUGCGUGUCAUAGCAGAAAGACUUUCGGAAGAAGAAAUUGGUGGUCUGAAAGAGCUGUUCAAAAUGAUUGACACAGACAACAGUGGGACAAUAUCACUCGAGGAACUUAAGGCUGGUUUGAGAAGCGUGGGUUCUCAACUGAUGGAAUCUGAAAUUGAGACUCUUAUGGAAGCGGCUGAUAUGGACAAUGACGGAACGCUAGAAUAUCAUGAAUUCAUUGCUGCUACCUUGCACUUAAACAAGAUAGAGAGAGAAGAGAAUUUAAUUGCAGCCUUCACCUAUUUUGACAAAGAUGGUAGUGGUUACAUAACCAUUGAUGAGCUUCAACAGGCUUGCCAAGAGUUUGGUCUUGGUGAUGCUCAACUGGAUGAAAUAAUCAAAGAAAUUGAUCAAGACAAUGAUGGGACAAUAGAUUAUGCCGAGUUUGCUGCAAUGAUGAGAAAAGGCGAUGGUGAAGUCGGGAGAAGCAGAACUAUGAGAAACAAUUUGAACUUCAAUCUAGCUGACGCCUUUGUAGUAAAUGAAUCAACAACUAAAGCUACUGACUGAACAAAUCUUUCAUAGAGUCAGGGAACAAGAUAGUACAUUAAAAAAAAAAAAAGAGUUGCUGACAGGUGAAUCUUUAAGCUCUCACUGAUACAUUAAUCUUUUUUGCUUUUGUUGGAAGGUAUGUCUACUGUUUUGAUGAUGAUGAGGAUAAAUUUUUGCUUUGAUGAUUGUUGCACAGAAACAGUGACAUCUCACAUCUCUCAUCUUCUCUAACUCAGAAAAAGUUUUCAGUUUGGGAUGAAGAACCAGUGUUUGAGUGAUUGAAACAAAAGUAGUUGACCCAUCUAAUGUAAUAGUUGUUGUCAUUGUCAUUGUAGAUAUCAAUUUCCAUGGAUUUUGUCACCAUUUGGUCUAUCAGUUCUUGUUCUUGUUCUUGGUUAUCAUCUCAAUUUGAACCCAUUUAUUAAGGAAGGGUGUUUUUGUUUAUAUUCUCUAAGUUAACUUGGAAAAUCUGUACUA